UCUGCAACUGGGUGUGUUUGGUCUCCGCCAUUUGUCAAGGAAGUGUUUACUUUUGUUUUGUUGCAAAACCAUAGCAACUGUUAGGAAAACUGGUGGUGUAGGUGUGGGAAGCGGUUGGUUGUUGGCUAGGUCUGUAGGUGUUGAUUGACCGCAUAAGAAAUUUAUUUUUCGAUUUUGACUAUUAAAAUGGAUUUACGGCUGUAUACGAUUUUCUUCGGUUUCUUCACUGUUGUUUAUGCUCAGCGGACACCUACAAUAUCAUACAUAUCACAAGAACAAAUCAAAGAUAUUGGUGGCACUGUGGAACUUGAAUGCUCAGUGCAGUAUGCCCAGGACUAUCCUGUGCUAUGGAUGAAAGUGGAUCGUAAUAGGCAAGUUGAUCCCUUACCUAUAUCAACUGGAAGUUCGUUGAUUAUUCGUGACAGCCGAUUUGCUUUGAGGUAUGAUACAGCAAGUUCGACAUACACCUUACAGAUAAAGGACAUUCAAGAGACUGAUGCUGGUUUUUACCAGUGCCAAGUGAUCAUUGGUUUGAACAACAAAAUAACAGCAGAAGUAGAUCUUCAAGUCCGCCGUCCGCCUGUAAUUUCAGACAACUCUACGCGCUCAUUAGUUGUAAGUGAGGGACAGGCUGUAAGACUUGAGUGUUAUGCUGGAGGCUAUCCUGCACCCCGUGUUUCUUGGCGUCGUGAGAAUAAUGCUAUCCUUCCUACUGGAGGUUCUAUAUAUAGAGGGAAUGUCUUGAAGAUUUCCAGGAUUGGGAAAGAAGAUAGAGGUACUUAUUAUUGUGUGGCAGAAAAUGGCGUUGGCAAAGGAGCACGGCGCAACAUAGCUGUUGAAGUGGAGUUUCCACCUGUGAUAACAGUACCAAGACCUCGUCUUGGGCAGGCUUUGCAGUAUGACAUGGACUUGGAAUGCCAUGUUGAGGCUUACCCACCUCCUGCCAUUACAUGGUUGAAAGAUGAAACUGUCCUUUCGAACAACCAGCAUUACAGCAUCUCACAUUUUGCAACUGCUGAUGAAUUUACUGAUACAACACUCCGUGUGAUAACAAUUGAGAAACGGCAGUAUGGCAAGUACCAAUGCAAGGCAGCCAACAAACUGGGUGAAGCUCGGGAAGAAGUGGAGUUGUUUGAAACCAUUAUCCCUGUUUGUCCCCCUGCCUGUGGUCAAGCAUAUGGAGGAGAUGCAGCAGAAAUAUCAACUAGCAUGGCUCUCAUUCUCAUCUCAACUAUUAUAGUUGCAUUGCAUCGAAACCUCAACACCAAACAUUAAUUUUCGUUUUGUUGUGUGGCCAAAUGAAGGCAGCUAUAUUCUUUUGGAUCUUAUACUGUUAGUCUUUCUGUGGAUGGCAGUGCUUUGUAGAUUAUCUGACAUAUAAAUAUAAGUUGUGGGCAUUGAUCACACAGAGGCCAAAGGAGUUUCUGCUCAUAACAUUCCACAUGAAAUGAAUAACAUACAAAAACAAGACUUUAGAGGAACUAUUUAUUUUCGUAUGGUAGAUAUGUUCUAUAAGUGUCUCCAUUGUAUAAUAAGAUUCUAAAUUUGUUUUGGGGCAUGUCACACUUACUCUAUUUCUUUAAUGUUUUGUUUGGUAUCUGUACCAAGCAGACAAUUGACUUUUUUCUGAAAUUAUGUUGAUUGUGUCAUUUUGAAAGUAUUAUGGAAUAUUGUGUGACUUGAUAGCUUUACUUAGGCACAACAUGUGUAGUGGUACAAAAAUAUGUUUCUUUGAUGUGCUAUGUGGUAGAAUUGUGAGAGUGAGAUUUUCUUUGAGAACAUUACAUUCCUUUUGAAAUGCAGCUGCUGCUGCAGCUUUUAAUUUUUUUAUAUCUAAUGGGCAGCUAAGUUUUUACUUAAUAGCAUUACUCAUGGCAUGUAAAGUUUUUGCAUUAUUGCCUUUUGUGAUGAUUCAUUACUGUGUAUGAUAUUCGUAACUUUUGUACUAAUGUAAAUAUUAGCUAAUCGUACUCUUCCUUAUAAAAUUUUUGUUUACAAGAGUUCAGUCCAUUGUGCAGGCUGCAGUAAAGAUUGUAAACAUAUAUUUUAGUCAAAUGUAACCCUUUGAAUUCUGUAGAAAGGUGGUUCUAAAGCUUAUAACUUCAUAAAAAGUUAAAUCAUCAAACAGGUGGAAUAGAAAGCUGUGGGUAUUGCAUAACACAGUAAAUGGUAUUACCCAUUUUUGUAAGUUUAAUUUAAUUAAGUCUUUCUUAAGAUCUGGGCAGUAAUAAGACUGAUAUGGAAGCUGUUUUGAAAACAAAUUAAUAAACUCAAAAUAUUAAAACCAA